AUGGAGCCACAGAAUCUAACAGAUGUCUCAGAAUUCCUCCUUUUGGGCCUUUCUGACGAUCCAGAACUGCAACCCUUUCUCUUUGGCUUGUUCCUGUCGAUAUACCUGAUCACUGUGUCUGGGAAUCUGUUCAUCAUCCUGGCUGUCAGCUCUGACCACCACCUCCACACACCCAUGUACUUCUUCCUCUCCAACCUAUCCUUGGCUGACUUUGGUUUCAUCUCUACCACAGUCCCGAAGAUGCUGGUUAACAUCCAGACACAGAGCAAAUCCAUCACCUAUGCAGGCUGUCUGACACAAUUGUCCUUUUUUUCUCUCUUUGCAUGUCUAGACAAUGUUCUUCUGACUGUGAUGGCUUAUGACAGGUUUGUGGCCAUUUGUCAUCCCCUGCAUUACACAGUCAUCAUGAACCCCCACCUCUGUGGCUUACUAGUUUUAAUAUCUUUUUUCAUCAGUCUUUUGAAUUUACUGUUGCACUGUUUGAUGGUAUCACAACUUACCUUCUGCACCGAUGUAGAAAUUCCUAAUUUCUUCUGUGACCCUCCUCAGCUCUUUAACCUUGCCUGUUCUGACACCUCUAUUAGUACAAUAUUAGUAUAUUGUAUUGGUGCCAUCUUUGGUGGCAUUCCAGUCUCGGGGAUUCUUUUCUCUUAUACUCGAAUUGUUUCUUCCAUUUUGAGAAUUUCAUCUUCAGAUGGGAAAUUUAAAGCCUUUUCUACCUGUGGCUCUCACUUGUUAGUCGUUUUCUUAUUUUAUGGAACAGGACUUGGAGUGUACCUUAGUUCAGUUGUCACAUCUUCUGACAGGAAGGGUGCAGUGGCCUCAGUAAUGUACACCAUUGUCACUCCCAUGCUGAACCCCUUCAUCUACAGCCUGAGGAACAGGGACAUAAAGAAAGUCCUGCAGAGGCUCCUCAGCAGAACAACCUAA